AUGAACUUCUUCAGGCAAGUCAGACUUCUACUCUGGAAGAACUGGAUCCUUCGGAGAAGACAAAAGCUUCGUUUUCUAGUGGAACUUGUAUGGCCUCUGACAUUGUUUCUUGCACUUGUCUGGCUGAGGAAAGCUAAUCCACUGUAUCGCCAGCAUGAAUGUCACUUUCCAAACAAGGCAAUGCCAUCAGCAGGAACACUGCCAUGGUUACAUGGCAUCUUCUGUAACAUGAACAAUCCCUGUUUCCGCAGCCCAACCCAUGGAGAGAGUCCAGGUGUGGUGUCCAACUACAAAAAUUCCAUCCUUGCAAGGGUAUAUAAAGAUGCUCAGGAGCUUUUACUGGAAGCCCCUGAAGUCCGUGACCUUGGAAGAAUCUGGGAAGAACUGAUCAUUAUGACUCAAUUUAUGGAAACAAUGAGAACUAAUCCUGAAAGAAUUGCAGGAAGAGGAAUACGAAUUCUAGACAUUUUGAAAGAUGGGGAGACCCUCACUUCCUUCUUGCUAGAAAAUGUUGGCCUCACAGAUUUUGUUGUUUACCAACUUAUUAAUGCUCAAGUGCGCCCUGAACAGUUUGCCUAUGGUGUCCCUAACUUGACUCUGAAGGACAUUGCUUGCAGUGAGAUGCUCCUGGACCGCUUUAUAAUCUUCAGCAGCCGAAGAGGUCUCCCCUCUGUACACAAGGCCAUGUGUGCCCUGUCCCAGGACAGUCUUCAAAGAGUAGAAGAUGCCUUGUAUGCAAAUGUUGAUUUCUUUAAGCUAUUUCAGCUGCUUCCCACUGUGUUGGACAGAAACUCACCAGGUGCUGACCUGAAGGCAUGGGGGAGGGUGCUGUCUAAUGUCUCCCAAGCAGUGCAAAAGCUGGCCAGGAAGCCAAGUGUUCAGGACCUUUUGAGGGUUCUGCAGCCAUUUGUACAAGAUGGAAGGUCAGAAUCCUUAGGCCACUUGGUGAGUUCCCUGUCGGAUCUUUUCUGUGGCUACCCAGAAGGAGGUGGAUCCAGAGUGCUUUCCUUCAACUGGUAUGAAGAUAACAAUUACAAAGCUUUCCUGGGGAUUGACUCAACAAGGAAGAAGUCUGGUUAUCUUUAUGAUAAUACAACCACACCCUUUUGUAAUGCAUUGAUCCAGAACUUGGAAUCAAACCCUUUAACCAAAAUAGCCUGGAGUGCUGUGAAGCCCCUGCUGAUGGGAAAAAUUCUCUUUGCUCCUGAUUCACCUUCUGUACGGAAAAUCAUAAAAAACGCAAACUCCACUUUUGAGGAACUUGAACGUCUCCAGCUGUUGACCAAAGCUUGGGAGGAAGUAGGACCUCAGCUGUGGUACUUCUUUCAAAACAGCCUGCAAAUGAAUAUGAUCCGUGACUCUCUGAAGCACCCUACAGUGAGGGACUUCCUGAACAGCCAGCUGGGUGCAGAAGGCUUCACUGCAGAACACAUAAUCAACUUUCUCCACAAUGGAUCUUCAAGGAGCCGGGAGAAGGGAAUGGUGGACUUUGACUGGAGGAACAUCUUCAAUGCUGUAGACCAAGUUCUGCGUUUGCUCAGUCAGUAUUUGGAGUGUUUGACCUUGGAUAAAUUUGAAGGUUAUCUUGAUGAAACUCAGCUGACUCCUCAAGCCCUUUACCUGCUGGAGGAAAAUAAAUUAUGGGCUGCUGUGGUUUUUCCAGACUUAGAACCUACAACCAACAAUCUCCCCCCACACGUGACAUACAAGAUCCGAAUGGAUAUAGACUCAGUGGAGAAAACAAACAAAAUCAAAGACAGGUACUGGGAUCCUGGUCCAAGAGCUGAUCCUGUGGAUGAUUUACGAUAUAUCUGGGGAGGCUUUGCAUAUCUCCAGGACAUGAUUGAGCAUGGGAUUAUAAAGACACAAACAGGCACUGAAGUGCCAUUGGGAAUUUAUCUGCAGCAAAUGCCAUAUCCAUGUUUUGUGGAUGAUGUCUUCAUGAUCACCUUAAACCGCGCCUUUCCCAUCUUCAUGGUGCUAGCUUGGAUAUAUUCAGUGUCCAUGACUGUGAAGAGUAUAGUGCUGGAGAAGGAAAUGCGCCUGAAAGAGGCCAUGAAGAACAGGGGCAUAACCAACGGAGUGUUUUGGUGCACUUGGUUCCUAGACAGCUUUUCCAUGAUGGCUGUGAGCACAUUCCUCCUCACAGCUUUGAUUAUGCAUGGACAAGUGCUACAUUAUAGCAAUCCACUUCUGUUCUUUCUAUUCCUACUGACAUUCAUCACAGCCACCAUAAUGCAGUGUUUCUUGUUCAGCACCUUCUUCUCCAAAGCAAAUCUGGCAGCUGCCUGCAGUGGAGUCAUCUACUUCACCUUGUACCUGCCUCACAUUGUCUGCUUUGUCUGGCAAGACCGUCUGACUGUUAAUCUGAAGAUCCUAGCAAGUUUGCUUUCUCAAGUAGCUUUUGGGUUUGGUACGGAAUACUUGUCACGCUAUGAAGAACAAGGUCUUGGCCUACAGUGGGGUAACAUCAGAACCAGUCCCUUGGAAGGAGAUGAAUAUAGUUUUCUUUUUUCCAUUAACAUGAUGCUUUUUGAUGCUUUUCUCUAUGGAAUACUUGCUUGGUAUCUUGAUAACAUUUUUCCAGGGGACUAUGGGUUACCACAGCCUUGGUAUUUCCCUCUGCUGGAAUCUUAUUGGCUUGGCUCCAGAAGCCCAGAAGCUGAGAAAACAGCAAGUGCUGAUGAAAAACUGGAUAAAAAUGUCAGAUCAUGUAAAUUAGUGUCUGAAAGUGAAGCUAAACUGCCUGAAAAAACAGAAGAAAAGAGUGACAGCCAGGGGAAGAAGGAUGUAAAUACCUUCUUUGAGCCCGAGCCAACAGGAUUGAUUCCAGGAGUAUGCAUUCAGAACCUGGUGAAGAUUUUUGCAAACAGACCCAAACCAGCAGUAGAUGGGAUAAAUAUCACUUUUUAUGAGGGUCAGAUCACAGCCUUCCUUGGUCACAAUGGAGCAGGAAAGACAACUACCAUGUCGAUACUGACAGGCCUGUUCCCACCCACAUCUGGAACUGUGCUGGUUGGUGGCCUGGACAUCCAGACUCACAUGGACUCCAUUCGGCACAGAUUAGGGAUGUGCCCUCAGCACAACAUCUUAUUCCAUCACCUUACUGUAGCAGAGCACAUCUUAUUUUAUUCUCAACUGAAAGGAAGAUCCAGGGAAGAAGCUGAGCAAGAGCUGGAAACAAUGCUGGAAGACAUGGGCCUCACCCAUAAAAGAAAUGAAGAAGCUCAGAAUUUGUCAGGUGGAAUGCAGAGGAAACUGUCUGUUGCCAUUGCUUUUGUGGGUGAGGCAAAAGUGGUAGUCUUGGAUGAGCCCACUUCUGGAGUUGAUCCAUAUUCCAGGCGAUCUAUCUGGGAUCUUCUGCUGAAAUAUCGCCCAGGCAGAACUAUUAUCCUGUCAACCCAUCAUAUGGAUGAGGCAGACAUCCUUGGAGAUAGAGUAGCCAUCAUAUCCCAAGGGAAGCUCUUCUGCUCAGGCUCUCCUGUAUUCCUAAAGAACUGUUUUGGCUCUGGCUUUUAUCUCACCCUUGUUCGCAAAAUGAGAACCACAAAAAUGGGAAGGGCUACAUCAUUUUGUAGCUGUGGAUCCCAGUGCUCCUGCUCCUGCUCCAGCUGUGUGCACAGGGGUGAAGAAGGAGCUCCAGAGCUGGAACUGGAUGGAGAUCUAAAUGAGCUAGCAGAAGUAAUCCACCAUCAUAUCCCAGAAGCAAAAUUAAUUGAAAGCAUUGGUCAGGAACUGAUUUAUCUUUUGCCCAAUAAAAACUUUAAACAACGAUCUUAUGCCAGUCUCUUCAGAGAACUGGAGGAAACAUUGGAUGACCUGGGACUCAGCAGUUUUGGAGUUUCAGACACACCACUUGAAGAGGUUUUCCUAAAGGUCACAGCAGAAGCUGACCCUGAAAUGCAAAAUACAGGAGAUGCUCAAGAAAAUGGUUCUGCUCUUGGCAAAACUACUGAGAACAAGCCAGCUGAACAAACCGCCCUGAAAACUAAUGACACUUCUCGAAUGCCAGUAGGCAGAGCAGGAGAUCAAAAUGAAGGCAAAGGGUCCCGACAGUAUAAAGGCUUUCAGCUUGUACAUCAGCAGAUCAAAGCACUGCUCAUCAAACGCUUCCACCACGCCUCCCGCAGCCACAAGGACUUCCUAGCACAGGUCGUUCUCCCUGCUAGUUUUGUGUUGCUGUCUCUAGUACUUACAGUAAUUAUUCCUCCAUUUGGAGAAUAUCCUGCUUUAACAUUACACCCUUGGAUCUAUGGACAACAGUUUACUUUUUUCAGCAAUGAACGUCCUGGCAAUGAGCAGAUGGUUUCCCUUACUCAUGCUUUCUUGAAUAAACCAGGAUUUGGAAUUCGCUGCAUGAAGAAUCAGCCUCUUUUGAACUACCCAUGCAAUAACAUGCCAACUGCCUGGAACACACCUGCUGUUCAUCCUAACCUAAGCAACCUCCUGCUGAGCCAACAGUGGAGCCCUGAGAAUCCAUCACCUUCCUGCAAGUGCAGCACUCACAAGAAACUCACUAUGCUGCCAGAAUGCCCUGCAGGUGCAGGAGGCCUCCCACCACCACAGAGAGUGCAACGCAGCACAGAAAUCCUUCAAGAUCUGACCCACAGAAAUAUUUCAGAUUUUCUGGUGAAAACAUAUCCCACUUUGAUAAAGGGAAGCUUGAAGAGUAAAUACUGGGUCAAUGAGCAGAGGUAUGGAGGAAUUUCUAUAGGAGGAAGGCUUCCAGUCCUUCAUGUUUCUGGAGAUCAAAUUGUCAAUUUUUUAAGUGAUCUUGGCCGAAUGAUGAAUGUGACAGGAGGACAAACUUCAUGGGCUGCUGCUAAAGAAAUCUCUAAUUUCCUUAAAUACAUGGAAACUGAAGAUAAUAUUAAGGUGUGGUUUAACAAUAAAGGCUGGCAUGCUAUGGUUAGUUUCCUCAAUGUAGCCAAUAAUGCAAUCCUCAGAGCUAAUCUGAGGACUGGCCAAGACCCUGAGGAACAUGGGAUCACUGCUAUAAACCAUCCUCUGAACCUCACCAAGGAGCAACUCUCUGAAGUCACUGUACUGACCACUUCAGUGGAUGCUGUUGUUGCCAUCUGUGUGAUUUUUGCCAUGUCCUUUAUACCAGCCAGUUUUGUUUUAUACCUGAUCCAAGAACGUGUAACAAAAGCCAAACAUCUCCAGUUUGUCAGUGGUGUGAGCCCUGUUACCUAUUGGCUAACUAACUUCAUGUGGGACAUAGUGAAUUAUGCACUGAGUGCUGGGAUGGUUGUGGCUAUAUUCGCUGGAUUCAACAAGAAAGCAUACGCCUCUCCAACCAACCUCCCUGUGCUCGUGUCCUUGCUGCUCCUGUAUGGGUGGGCAGUAAUUCCCAUGAUGUACCCUGCUUCUUCUUUCUUCAGUAUCCCCAGCACUGCUUAUGUUGCAUUGUCUUGUAUUAAUCUCUUUGUGGGAAUCAACAGCAGUGCCAUUACAUUCAUCCUGGAAUUAUUUGAGAAUAACCCAUCUUUGCUGAAAUUUAAUAAAACAUUGAAAAAUGUACUGCUUGUCCUCCCACAUUUUUGUUUGGGCCGUGGACUCAUCGACUUGGCCAUGAACCAAGCUGUGACUGAAGUAUAUGCAAGGUUUGGUGAGGAGCAUGUUUCUAAUCCCUUUCAGUGGGACUUUGUUGGAAAGAACCUGGCUGCCAUGGCUCUGCAAGGAGUUGUGUUCUUCUUUCUGAAUCUCUUUAUGCAGCACCGUUUUUUCUCCACAAGAUGGUUUGCCGAUACUGCCAUGUCACCUAUUAUUAAUGAAGAUGAGGAUGUUGCAGAAGAAAGAAAAAGAAUUAUGAAUGGAGGAAACAAAACAGAUAUCUUACAAUUACAAGAACUGACCAAGAUUUAUGCAGGUCGACACAAGCCCGCAGUGGACAGACUCUGUGUUGGCAUCCGUCCCGGAGAGUGCUUUGGCCUUUUGGGAGUGAAUGGUGCUGGCAAAACAACAACAUUCAAAAUGCUGACUGGAGAUACUGAUGUGACAUCUGGAGAUGCUGUAGUGGCUGGCAAUAGUAUAUUGACCCACAUUUCUAAUGUGCAUCAAAACAUGGGAUACUGCCCUCAGUUUGAUGCCAUUGAUGAUCUGCUCACAGGACGAGAACACCUCUAUUUAUAUGCACGCUUGCGGGGGGUUCCAGCAGAAGAAAUCAAGAGGGUUGCUGAAUGGGGCAUCCAGAAGCUGGGACUUCCUAUGUACGCAGACCACCUGGCAGGGACCUACAGUGGUGGCAACAAGCGCAAGCUCUCCACUGCCAUUGCCCUGAUAGGCUGCCCACCACUUGUCUUGCUAGAUGAACCGACGACUGGGAUGGACCCUCAGUCCCGGCGCCUCCUGUGGGACUCCAUUGUUGGCGUGCUCAGGGAGGGACGAGCGGUGGUUCUAACCUCACACAGUAUGGAAGAAUGUGAAGCCCUCUGUACUCGUUUAGCCAUCAUGGUACAAGGCACCUUCAAAUGCCUAGGCACAAUUCAGGAGCUAAAAUACAAGUUUGGAGAUGGCUACAUUGUCACCCUGAAAAUCAAAGCUCCAAAGUCUGGGCUGCCUCCAGAUCCUGCUCCUGCUGAGAAAUUCAUACACAUCAACUUCCCAGGGAGUUUACAGAGAGAGAAACACUACAACAUGCUGCAGUAUCAGAUUUGCUCUUCCUCUCUGGCUAAGAUUUUUCGAUUAAUAAUCUCCAAUAAGGAAAAUUUGCAUAUUGAAGAAUAUUCUGUGUCUCAAACAACAUUAGAUCAGGUUUUUGUGAACUUUGCUAAAGAGCAGAUGGAGGAUGAGGAAAUUGCUUUGCAUCCGCGUGCAGCUGGAGCCAGCCGAGAAGCCAAGGUGUCCCCAGCUCUGCAUCAGCAGGCAGUUGCAUAGACUGCUCCUGCAGCCUCCAGGCUUAGUGUGUGC